GAGUGAAACAGACUUCUGGGCUACCUAUGGUAUACGUGGUUGCUUUCCAAACGACGAAAGAAACUCUGAGCUCUCUUUUUACAAUCUCUCCGGAGGUCAAAGUAAGGAGUCUACAUCUUCGAAAGAAAUGGUAGUUUCGAUGUAAUGUUAAAAUAUUGAAUAUCUAGAUAUUUGAAAAUUUUAGGCGUCCUAGAAUUAUACGUUGUAAACAGCAUAAAUCUCUAAUUCUGACAAACCAAUAACUAUUGAAAAUGCGUGCCUUCGAUGACCCACAUGUUUGCUACUGUUCUUAUAAAUUUCUAGGGCUUACAAAAAUAAUAAAUGGACUCAUACACUUAUAUAGCUGGCCCUGGUUCACUGCUGAAAUGUGCGAUUAAUUGCAGCAAAUCAAUUCUUUGAAUCAGUAUUGAUAAUUCUUUAAGAAAAGAGCAGGAAGCAGUAAAUUAGAAGCUUCCAAAGAAGAUCGGAAAUGGAACCUCUUCAAAUAGUAAAAAUUCAAAAGUAGUGAGAUCGUGGUAAUUGUGAAGCAAUUGCAAAAAAUCAAUGGAGAUUGCCUUAACUGCUAGCGAAUUUUGUCAAGUUCAAUUGAUGUACUAUAUAUUUGAGAAGUAGCUAUAACUUGCGAGUUGAAAAAGUUCAAAAUAUCAACAACAGUAUUAUGUAUCAUUAUUUUCUUUGACACGAUAUAACAGAUGAGUUUAAGCAUGCAAUAUAUACAUAAGAAUGUUACAAAAAUACUAUUGAAUUUUUAAUGAUUCCCAACAAAGGUUUCGUCUAAACAUAAAAACGUUAAAAUAAAUAUUAACAAUGAAGCUUUACCAUACAUGGUAUGUCCUGUAGGCAUGUUUGCUCUGCAUGUGCUGAGAAAGCAGUCAAACGUUAAAUAUCGCUAAACACAAAUACCGAUAACUGUACACUUAUAAAUAAUUGUAUAAGAGAGUUUAAUGUCCGAAAAAUACUUCAACGGCUGCUCUCAUAGUACUUUCAACGCAAAUUUUGCUUUUGUUUUCUUUCUUCAACUUGUGAUUUGCUCCCAUGAUUGAUAAUAAUAUAUUCUUAAAUGAUUCGUGACGCGUCUUGCUGGUAUUGACUAUCGUUUCAUCACACAAGUCAAUGAUCGUUUAAAUUAACAGUAAAGCAGUGAAAAUGAGUUCAGAUGUAGAGGAAAUUACUCCUCUCACAGCCUUAACAUCUGUUCCUAAGAAACGAGGGAAGAGAGCAAGAAAGGUAUCCGGUGUAAUAUUUUUGGUUACUGCUUCACUGGUGUUGACAUUUGGUUUCAUUAGACGUAAUGAGGAUGAGUUUGAGCGUGCUUCUUGCAGCAAUAAGCGAAACUCGACAAGAGAAUGCUUCAAAAAGAAAGAAAUUCUAACGUUCCCAAAUAUAUUUGGAACCGCACUAAGUUUGUUUGGCGUCGUUCUUGGAACAUUAGUUGAUCGUCUUUCGCUCAUCGGUGAAGAAUACAGACAUAGGGAACAACGUUAUGACGGAAGUUGGAAAAAGAUGUUCAAAGCUUGUUUUAGUGGAAUACAUUGGAGGCCUGUAUUUCUUCUUAUAAUGCUGGCUGCUAUAACCCUCAGCAUUCUAAUAAUUGUCCGAGAAAAGGCUGGUAAGCCCGGGUUUGAGAUUCAGCAUCUUGUGUAUAUCUUGAGUGGAGUAGGUGUUGGUCCUUUGGUGAUGCAAUUACUUAAUCUGAACACGCAAUCUGAAAUUCAUAUUUCAUCAAUUCUUGAAGAAAAUGAAACAAACAUCGCAAACGUACUAGCCUGGCACUAUUACUUCAACUAUCUUGAAAAACUACUGCGAGUCUACAAGGAAGCUGCACAUUCAGCAAAUUUAGGGAGCUCAAAGUGUUUUCUUUAAAAAGUCGACUAAUUGCCAAGAAAAAAGAGUUUGGUUAUUGGAUACAUUGAAAAGCUCGUUUUGGACUUGUAAGUUCCUUUUCAUUGAAUCGCAGCGUCAUAAAGAAUGUUGUCCUUCUCGGAAUAUAUUUUUGCUAAUAUAAUGAUAGCCAUGCUUGAAAACUUCCACUCAAAGCUUCCACUUGAAAAAAUGAAGAUCAUGAAGAAAAACAAGCAUUAAAGUGACGAAGAUUUAUAGCUGUAGUCUUUUAAUAUCAAAUACUUUUAAUAUCAAAUUAAUUUUCUUUAUCAUAUCGAUGGUUGUUCUUAACAGAGCCCUCUAGUUCUCUGAUUCUUUAUGGUAUGAACUUCAAGCUAUUCUCCAUGUCUUUAACUGCUAGUCAAGUGAAAUGCACUCGCUCAGAUGAUUCUCCCAUUAGUGAUAGAACAAGUUAGUUAAUCCGAGAUCAGUGUAAUUUAAUGCAAUUGGCA